GUAUUUUAGCAGUUCACUGUGGUGACCACUGUGUAACUCAAUGGCUAUUCAGGUGUUUCAGUGUCAUAAUUCAGGUGUACAUUAUUGUCCAGACCGCUCCUGCAACAGCACGUAUUUGUUAUUUUCAAAAGGGGCCCAAUCACAGUCGUUUUUCGAUUACUAAUUCAGCGUUUAAAAAAAAACAUCUUUGUAUAGAGAUUUUGGGGCAGAUUGCCAUUUGUUACUUGGAAGUAACAUAUUUUUUUAAAUGUCAUUUUUAAUGUACAAGUGUUUCCAAUAAGGCGAAAAAGGUCAUGAGAUUUGAAAGAAGUGUAAUUCUGACACGCCAAGCGCCCCCUGGAGGAAGACAGCGCUGUGUCACAGUUACUAGACAGUAAUAUGUGUUGCAUCCACUAGAGGCGCUAUAACAUUAACACACUACCUGUGGGCGCACUUAAAAACAUCCGGUAGGUUCAUCACUGGAAAAAGUGGGUUUAUUGCUCGCAAAUGUGUAUCUAAUGUAGUUGAUCAUAUACAGCUAUUCACUGGAAUCAAAGAGCUUUGUGGUCGGCUCAUCCUGCUUUAGGGGAAGAUUAAUCUUUAUUAGUGUCGUAAGUGUCAAUGACGAUGUAGGCUGAAAAGUCAGAGAUAUUCUCAUCAUAUCAAGAUCUUAAUUUCACAUGCAUGUGAAGGUGUUGUCCAGCGGUGGGCAUGAGUGACAGUCAUCCUCUGCGGUCGAUGAGCUCUACGGCUGAGAUCGAUCACCUCCAUCUCCUCUCAGAGCAGCUCGGUGCUUUAGUUCCUGGUGAAGAAUACAGUGAUGUCACCUUCCUGGUGGAGGAAAAGUGCUUUCCCGCACACAGAGUCAUUCUAGCGGCCCGCUGCCAGUAUUUCAGGGCUUUGCUAUACGGAGGACUGAGGGAGUCGCAGGCCCAGGCUGAGGUCCGAUUGGAGGAAACACGUUCCGAGGCUUUUUCAAUGUUGUUGCGGUACCUGUACACGGGCCGAGCCACACUGAGUGAAGCCAGAGAGGAGACUUUGCUGGAUUUUCUGGGGCUGGCGCAUCGCUAUGACCUCCAACCACUAGAAGGCUCCAUUUGCGAGUUCCUCCGCACUUUAUUGAACACACGGAACGUGUGUCUGGUGUUUGAUAUGGCUAGUCUGUACUGUCUGAGCGGGCUUGCCGAGGCAUGCUGUGCCUACAUGGACCGGCACGCCACUGAAGUGUUAAAGUCGGAUGGCUUUCUCACCCUUUCAAAGUCUGCCCUGUUGACAGUUGUGAGCAGAGAUUCAUUUGCUACUAGUGAGAAGGAGAUCUUUCUGGCUCUCAGUCGCUGGUGUCACCACUAUGGUGAGGGCCCGGACUCAAAGAAAGUGAUGUCAGCAGUGCGACUGCCUCUAAUGACUCUCUCUGAAAUGCUGAACGUGGUUCGUCCCUCGGGCCUUCUCAGCCCAGAUGACCUGCUAGAUGCCAUACAGACCCGCUCGGAGAGCAGAGACAUGGACCUCAACUACCGCGGCAUGCUCAUCCCAGAGGAGAACAUUGCCACUAUGAAGCAUGGCGCUGUGGUGACAAAGGGUGAACUGAAGUCUGCUCUCCUGGAUGGAGACACACAGAAUUAUGAUCUGGACCAUGGCUUCACCAGACACCCUAUAGAAGAUGAGGGUCGAGCCUCAGGCAUCCAGGUGCGCUUGGGUCAACCGUUUAUCAUCAACCACAUGCGUCUACUUCUUUGGGACAAGGACAGCAGGUCAUACUCUUAUUAUAUCGAAGUGUCUAUGGAUGAGCUGGACUGGGUACGAGUGGUGGAUCACUCAAAGUUUCUGUGUCGCUCCUGGCAACACCUUUAUUUCCCAGCACGAGUCUGCAGGUUUAUUCGUGUUGUGGGAACACAUAACACUGUAAACAAAGUUUUUCAUUUGGUGGCUUUAGAAUGCAUGUUCACACAGCGACCUUUCACCCUGGAGAAAGGCCUACUAGUUCCCACAGAGAAUGUGGCAACCGUGCAGGCGUGUGCUAGUGUAAUAGAGGGAGUAAGUCGCAGUAGGAAUGCCUUGCUGAACGGGGACACCAGCCACUAUGACUGGGACUCUGGAUACACUUGCCAUCAGCUGGGAUCUGGAGCCAUCGUUGUCCAGCUCGCUCAACCUUACAUGCUGGGUUCAAUGCGGUUGCUACUGUGGGACUGUGAUGAUAGAAGCUAUAGCUAUUAUGUGGAGCUGUCCACAAAUCAGCAACACUGGGUGAGGGUCGUAGACCAAACUAAAGUGGCAUGCAGGUCCUGGCAGACUCUGGUUUUUGAUAGACAACCUGCAUCCUUCAUACGUAUCGUGGGAACUCAUAACACUGCAAACGAGGUGUUCCACUGUGUUCACUUUGAGUGUCCAGCACAGGUGGACAGAGUUGUUAAAGAAGGAAGUCCUGGUCCAGAUCAGCCCAAACCGGACUGCAGUACCCAGAACUCCCAUUCUCAAAGCCUGAUGUCCCAGAAACCCUCCACAUCAUCCUCCUUAUCCUCCUCGCACACAUAGACUGUGGAUGUAGCCUAUUCUCAAUGCUGCACACUUGCAUAAGUAUGACAAAACACACAUGCUCAUCUCAUGGGCUUGUGUUUGUUCUGAAGGUUAUGUGCUGCUAAAUAAAGAACUCUUUAUAUUUAUAAGGAAAUACUCGAGCUGAUUGAUAUAACGUAUUGAUGAUAAUAAUAAAGGCUCUGUUCCAAAACCUAGUGAGCUGCCUAUGUAGGCAGCAUUUUAGAGUAUCAUAGAUAUGCUCACAAUGCAAAAAAAUGCUGCCUUAGAAGGUAGCUUCCUGUGUAGGCAAUAGACAGCUAGGCAGUUCACUGGGUUUUGGCCAUUGACUGUCAGUCAUACGCACUUAUUUUAUUAUGUUCAGAUAAUUGCUAAAUAAAAAAAUUAAGG